AUGAAGCCUGUCAAAGCAUUUGAUGAGACCAGGAUUCCAAUUGAAGACCUCAUAGCAAAAACUUUUGAGCUUGAUUGCAAGCCUUCAUUUACCUCUCCUUCUUGCAUCUACAAGGUUCCUGAGGCUCUCAGGAAUGAAAAUAAGGAUGCUUAUACUCCUCAAUUGAUCUCGAUAGGUCCACUUCACAACAAAAAUCCAAAACUGAAGCCAAUGGAAAAACAGAAAAUCCUCUAUUUUACUUACUUUCGUCGACGUGAUGAAGCAAUGGUAGAGGUUUUAAAGCACUACAAGAAGUACAUUGAAAAGAAAGAAAACCAGAUACGAGAUUGUUAUUCAGAAACAUCUCAAGAUGAUACGAACGAGUUCGUACGCAUGAUACUAGUGGAUGCUGUGUUCAUCAUGGAGCUCUUUCUAAGAAAAUGGGAAGCACACAAGUUUAGUAAUAGCGAUGAUUUGUUUACAAGAUACGGGGUAAGAACAAGUUUUGAACGGGAUUUAUUACUUAUUGAAAACCAGAUCCCAUUCAAGGUCUUGGAGAAAUUAUACAAGCUUGUUUCUUCAAAGGUACACAAAGAUCAAGACCAUUCAAGUUUCCUUGACCUUGCCCGCUUAUACUUUUGUGAUUAUGAUCCUUAUUAUCAACUGAGUAAAGGCGAAAUUGCAGAAAAACACAAGUUGAAAACAGUGUGGGAGAAGCCAGAGCACUUCGCUGACCUGGUUAGAUGGCUUUCAGUUCCGCAGCAUUUGAUCUUUGACGCUUUCAGCUACUCUUUUUCUGUGAACGCUGCAACAAAGUUAAAACUGGCAGGGAUAACAUUUCAGCCAGAUUUUUCAAGAUGCUUACUUGAUGUUACAUUUGAGAAAAGACCAACUUUGAGUCCCUUGAGUUGGUUGCCCUACACACCAAAAUCAAUCAAACCACAUUUGCAAAUCCCAACGCUUCGAGUGGAUAACUCAACAAAAUCAUUUUUUCUCAACCUCAUGGCCUUUGAGCAGUGUCACUAUCCACAACAUCCCUAUAUUUCAAGCUAUAUUACUCUAAUUGCCAGUCUCAUUCGAACAAAAGAAGAUGUGGAACUGUUAACUGAGAGUGGAGUUGUUCACAAUGAGCUGUCUUCUGAUGAAGAAUUUUUGCAGAUGAUCAGAAGUCUUUCCAAACAAAUUGUGGCCAGUUCCUUUUGUUAUGGUCAUCUUACAAAGGAAGUAAGGAAAUAUUACAACAGUGCUUACAAUCAUAGCAUGGCCACUAUAAGGCUGGUAUACUUCAGAGAUGUUUCAAGAACUACGAUGACAAUAUUUGCCCUCGUUGCCAUAACUUUCUGCAUUAUUAGCAUUCUGAGUUCACUUAAAUAUUUAAAUGCAAAAGUUUCAAGCUACUAA